GUCCCCGCCCACGAGCACGCGACGCCGGUGUGGGGUGCGGCCUGGUCUCUCUCUGAGACCCGCGCUCCCCCACGGCUCGCCUGGAUCUCCUACCCGCUGAGGGUGACCCCAGCCCGCCGGGGACUUUGAGGGGCACCGGGAGUCACCGAGCCCCCCGAUUAGUUUGUGGGGUUUCCCAGUCAGGGUUCGUGCGGAUAGGAGUAGACCUCGCUAGGGACCGGCCAGCUCCCUACAAGGACCCGCAGACGUCAAGAUUCCAGCACCGCAGACCGGGAACCUCUCCAACUUGGGCUCCCUCAUACCCCCGGACCCCUUUGGGGACCCCGGUUCCUUCCGGACCCCCCCCCCCCGGGGCCGGUCACGAGCGGCGCGUGUCCCGCGGUCACGCGCCGGGUCCGAGGGGUCCCCCCGACUCCGGAGCGCCGCGGGUUUCCGUCAUUCAUUGACCGGGACGCGGACUCUGCACCGCCUCCCUCGCUCGCUCGCUCCCUCCUCCUCCCCUGGCGAAGUAGCGGAGGCGGUCACACGGCACGAAGACGUCGUCUCGACAACAACAGCAGCAGCAUCAUCAGCAGCAGCAUCAUCAGCAUCAUCAUCAACACCACGCUCGUCACCCGACCACGGGGCGAUAAAAGCGCCUCGGCUCGGGAAGGCGUGGUGAGGAGACGCGCAGCUGUGGGGAGGGGGUCUCAAGUAGUCGGAGGACGAGUCUCCUCUGGAGAGGAAUUCAGUACUCACGGCGGGACCACGGGGACAUCACCGCCACCGAUACCAACAGCAACAACAACAGCUACAACAACAGCAGCAGCAGCCGCCAAUAGCCACACGCCGCGCUUGUGCCAGGCUAGGUGCGCUGUGAAUCCAGGGGAAGCGCCGACUACUCACUCACUCGAACAACCACCACUACCAACCACUACUACCACAACCACCACCACUACUACUAACAACCACUACUACCACAACCACUACUACCACCACCACUACUAACCACCACCACUACUACUAACAACCACUACGACUAACACCGCCACCACUACUACCACCACCACUACUAACCACCACCACUACUACUAACCACCACCACUACUACCACCACCACCAACGACCAUGGCCGAUCGCACCCCCUUGAGCGCCUCCACGAAGCUGUGCUACGCCGUGGGGCACGUGCUGAACGACCUGUGCGCCUCCAUGUGGUUCACCUACCUGCUCGUCUACUUCCACAACGUGCUGCGCUUCAGCAACGCGGCCGCGGGCGUGGUGCUCGCCGUGGGACAGGCGGCUGACGGCCUCUGCACGCCGCUCAUCGGCUACGAGUCGGACCGCUCGCUCGCAGCCUGCGCCUACGGACGCCGAAAGUCGUGGCACCUCGUGGGCACGGUCAGCGUGCUCGUGUCCUUCCCCUUCAUCUUCCUGCGCUGCUUCGGCUGCUCGGAAUUCACGCCCGAGUACGUCCAGCUGCUCUACUUCCUGCCGCUCGUCAUCAUCUUCCAGUUCGGCUGGGCGGCCACGCAGAUCUCGCACCUCUCCAUCAUCCCCGAGCUCGCCACCAACGAUGGCGAGAAGGUGGAGCUCACCGCGUACAGGUACGCGUUCACGGUGUGCGCCAACAUCCUGGUGUUUGGCAUCGCGUGGCUGCUCUUCCACUUCCAGGCCAACAAGGAGGACCUGGGAGCCGACCUUGGCCCCGAGGACGGCGCCAUCUUCAGGAACCUCGUUCUCAUCGUCGUGGCGAUCGGCGCCGUCUUCUCGCUCGUCUUCCACCUGGGGACCAAGGAGCAGCCGCCCCGCGGCGAUGGGGAGGGUGAGCGGCCCGACGAGGCGACCCCGCUGAUCCAGGGCGGCGUCGUGCGCUCCACCAUGCGCAUGAAGUGGAGCGAUUGGCUGAAGGAGCCAUCCUUCCACCAGCUGGCGCUGUUGUACAUGUGCACGAGGCUCAUCGUGAACCUGUCGCAGGCCUACAUCCCCAUGUACCUCACCGAGAGCCUGGAGCUCGACAAGAAUUACAUCGCCACGAUCCCGCUGGUGAUGUACGUGAGCGGCUUCCUCUCCUCCUUCCUCAUGAAGCCCAUCAAUCGAAUCGCCGGCAGAAAUAUGACCUAUUUCCUGGGCCUGGUGCUGGUGCUGGUGUUUGCCGACUGGGUGUGGCUGGGCGUGGGGGGCGAUGCCGUCUAUGGGGCGGCCGUGCUGCUCGGAGUAGGGGGCUCCACCAUCCUCGUCACCUCCUUGUCGAUGACGGCCGACCUCAUCGGGCCCAACACGGAAAGCGGCGCAUUUGUGUACGGAGCCAUGAGCUUCACAGACAAGGUGUCAAACGGCCUCGGAGUGCUGCUCAUACAGAACCUGCAUCCUUGCAAAGACGUGCCGUGCUGCGACCAGUGCAAGCCGUUCUACCGCACCAUCAUGGUGGCGGUGCCGGGCGGCGUCGCCGUGCUGGCGCUCAUCAGCCUCGCCCUCAUCGUCGCCAUUCCCAUCCGCGUGCGCAAAGGCUGCACGCCCCCCAUGCUGGAGAACGGCUCCGUCAACGUCCCCACGGAGACCGGCGGAGGCAGCGGUGACGAUUCUCAAUGACCCCCCCCCCAACUCCUUUCCCGUGUCCACAAUCCCGCCCCCCCCUCCUCAACCCCAUCUUCUGUCCCUCCUCGGGUAGGAGUGUAAGGGACUUGAGCCCGUGUCACUGGGACCAUAUGGACUAACAGGGACUAACAGGGACUAGGUGGGGACUCGCUCGAAUUGAGUGGAACUCGCCAGGACUCUCUGCGUGCAUCAGGACUGCAACUGUGACUGGGGAUCCGAGCGUCCACUUCAGCUCGUGGGGUCAGAGGUUGCCCAGGGAAGGUGAACCCUGACCCAGUUAGCUUAACUCCCCAUGCACCACCACGCCGUCGGUGUAUGCACGUUGAGCUUCUUUCUCACCCUACAUAGCCAGCCACGCUAAUCGGAGGUGGUGGAAUGCCCAGCUGGCUGGUGGUGGUGUGCCAAACUGGUUGGUGGUGGUGGAGUGCCAGGCCGGCUGGUGUUGGAUCUGUUCGCUGUCAGGAACCACUGCGCUGACCGCGGCGCGCGUCCUGAAGAAGAGGGGGAGCGAGUCUGUAAAUUGGCGUGCCUCUCGCUCUCCUCCGGUGUUCCGCCGCACGUCACUCCUCGAUCGUGGGGCGCGUGGUGGCGGUGUCGCGAUUUCUUGCCAAGGGACCUCCCCCCCCCGCCCCCCGCCUCUGUGAACCCCUCCCCCCCUCUGCCCCCCAAUGAAGCUCGGUUGGGCGGGGUGGGGGCCUAGCGAUGGGCGGUGGCGCUGCGCGUUUGCACAUUGUGAUUUGAGGUUGUUGUAAUAAAGGUGUCUGCACGUGCA